CAUACGCGCCGUGAACCACACACGCCAUUGCGAUAUCGCCAUCAUUAAACUAUAACGCACGUGAGAUCUACCGGCCCUUGCACAUACGAUCUAGGCCUACAUAAGCACCGAGCGAAGCAGGAAGUGUGACAAACUUGGAGAUUUCUCUGAUUUUUUAGACGAAACUUUGUUUCUCAAAAUGUCGACUCGUACUCUUUCAGGCACAACCGUUGAUCCGGAAAGCAGAGCACAACUGGAAGCAUUUAUACAGACUGAGAGACCAACUGCCAAGAACCCGACUACCUGGAUGCUCUUUGACAUUGGUAAAAAAUGUCAGGAGGACAAAGAUCAUUGCAUUAAGCUCAAGGAAACGGGCACCGACGCCGAACCCUUUGACAAAGUCGUAUCAAAACUAGUGGAGUCUAGUUAUGGAUAUGCUGUGAUGUUCUUCCUUCCAAACGAGGAAGAAAAAGCGCUGAUCGAAACCUCGAAGGAAUCCGUUUUCCUUGUUUUCAUCUUGUGGACUGAUGAUAAUGGGCCUGUUAAAAAGAAAAUGUUAUAUGCAGCAUCUGGGCAAGCCCUAAAGACGCUUGUAUCAGAGAAGAUCAAAGUUUGCAUGCAGUGCAACGACAAGUCAGACCUGGUGAGAUCCAACAUAUUUGAAGAAGUCAAGAGAAAGAAUCCUCACUUGUUUCGUUAAUUUGCCUAACUGCAAAUUAACAUGGAACAGCAUGCUUGUAAUGUAAUAUCUGUGGGACAAUUAGAAACAUAUGAUACUUCAGUUUGUUUUUCUUCAAAACUCUUUUGCAAAUAAUGGUCCCCAGGUCACACUGUGUAAGAGGUAACUUAGAAUCCCGUUAGGGGACAUCGAUAACAUGGAAAAAUUGCUAUAAGAUCCCUUUGUGGUUUACAAACAAAUUGAUGUCUGAUGUCUUGUAUGCACAAGAAUAGAUCAGUCGGCAGGUACACUUGCUGUUUUGACAACUGGGUUAGUCUUAAUCAGACUAAAAAGUAAUUUGAAUGUUUGAGGACUUUUUAAACUCAAGGUCUUUUUUUUUUUGCAGAAUGAUUCCAAAUUGAUAAUGUAUGAGAAAUUUGAUGCCAUUGUGUGUGAUGUCAUGUACAUGUAGGCCAACAGCUUAUUGGAGAAUGGAACACACUAACAGUAUAACUGAUGUAAAGAAAAAGAAAAAAAACAACCCAAUAAAUUGAAAAACAGGGGAAAGUCAAAUUGUAAGUUGUCACUUUGAUCUACCUUUUCGCAAUCAGCAACCUUGUUCUAUUUGAGCAUUUUUCAAUCAAAUCACACAUUUUUGUUAGAGUUAAUUCAUUUUUGUUGGGCGGAUGUGAGGGAGCUGAGGAAUUAGUCUUCUGGCCUGUUACUUUUUUUGUAUAAAUUAUGAACCCUUGUCUAUUUCUUUGCUUUGAUUCUGUCAUUGCUUUUGUUACCAAGAUAUUUGGCAGAGAUUUGUUUAAAGAAACUAGAUAUAAAAUUAUAAAUCUUUGUAAUAGUGAAUGAGAUUAAUGCAACCUUCUCAUUACAGUGUAUACAGAGGAGAGUAAUCUGUUAAAAGUCGAAUGGUGUGAAUUAUUGUGAAGUGGAAUACAAUUCAAAAUCAAUCACCUGUUACUACAUGUACCUGUUUUUUUUCUAUAAAUGUAAAUAAUCAAUAUACUGAAUUUGAUGGUAGUAUAGUUGCAUGUGAAAUCUGAUUCUACCAAGACAAAGCGCGUCAGAAUUGUCCAAUGCACAUAUGUGAAAAUCUCCUGACAUCUUCCAUAACAUUUCAGGAUAAACUAUCUAGAUGUUUCCCGCGACAAAAUUUAGAUGCCAUUUCUGAAGUGGAACUGUGCGUUUGGCUUGUGAUCUAAAAGUCAAGGCGUGCAUGCACAUAAUAUUGUGUAACCCUAUUGGUCUAGGACCAUUGAGUGUUUGCAUGCGAUCUGUGCUGCAUGAGCCUUUUUCCACCUCCGUAAUGGCUUCAUAUUUACACCGCCUAAUCAGUCUGUAAUCGUAUUUUUAAUACCUCACCUUUUUUAAGUCCUCACAUUGUAACACCAAGCUCUGCAGUAUGAGUUUGGUCCAGGCGUGCGCAGUUAAGCCAGGGGACCCCGCCCAGUUUUCCAAAAUAUCAAAACUAUCAGAGCUGAGGGGCAGAGUGUUCAUUUUUGGUUUUGAAGUUUGAGCAUGUGACUUUGGGUUGAAUUCAGUGUUGCAUUUUGGAGGAUUGAAGAAGAUCUCAUACCAAGAAAAUCUGCCAGGCUCAACUCUUGCAACUUUGUGUGCUUUAAUUCAAUCAGUAAACAUCUUCACACAAAACGGCUGUGUGAAAACAAAAUCAGCUUUCAAGGUUUCUCGUAUGUAUCAUUUAAAAUUUAAAUUCAGGGACAAAGUAAUCUUGAGUUUGGUUGCACUGAUCAUUACGGAGCUUUGGAAGUGCUUGUUAAGACUUAAGACCCAGAGUUAUUGAUCUCGGGAUAACGUCUUCCUGGCAUUUCCCCAUUGAUUAUCUGAACUGUUGAAUGGGAGUGACAGGAAACUGGCAUCAUGUUUAGGCACAAUGAUUAUCUCACGAAGACACCUGUUAAGCUCUAGACAAUUUUCAGCUUAAAAGUAUGUCAAAUGAAAUCAACUCGAUGAGCAAGUUUGCUCUUCCAGAGCUCCGUCAUUAUCACAAGUCUUUGAUUGUAAGUUCUUUUAUUUCUCUGUAAGCUUAAACAUAGGGUAUAUCAUUUGUCAUUUAUGCAUUUGUUUUUCGUUUGAAGCAACAAAAGUGCUAAAAAUCUAAAGACGGGUACUUAACAACUAACCUGAUGAAGUUUUAGCUCUGUGAAUGCUGUACAUUCUGAAAAAAAACCCAGUAUUCUAAGAUCUCAUUUUCAAUUCAAAAGUUAUAGUGUCAUGUUUUGAAUUGUGCCCAAAAUCAGCGUCCAGAACAUGUUCAGUUCUCAUUCAGCGGAUUGCAACUACGCGAUGUCAGGUGCUAAACUGACAAAUAAGAGCAAGCGCGUGUAUGUUGUGUUUCAAAUGCUUGUGCGCGCACCCAUACACAUAUUCGCCGAAUUGCGACUGCUAACAGAAAUUUCAAAAAAUGCAUUACUUGCUUGACACAUUUUUCGAAAAGGCCUUCUUUAUUUUUUUAUUCAAAAUGACAGCACGCCAGAAAGAAUAAUUUCACAGGAAGUUUGCUAUCUUCAAACUAAGUAUGCUCUUCAACGAUAAUUUUGUCAGUUACUUUUUGGAUAUCUGCCAAUGAUAUACGCUAUAAUAACUUGUGUUACAAUAUUUGAAUUUUUAAAUCAUACAAGAAGUCAUAUUAUGUUGGUUUGCUUAUUUUUUCUUUUGUAGAUUCAAUAAUUCUUUUCAAAUAAAGUGGAUUUUUUUACAAGCUUGCAUGUAGUUCUGUAUGUAGACAUAUAAGUUUCAUUUGUAAGGGAUAUGGGUACCAAUACUCCCCAUUGUAAAUUUAGGACAUGAAAAUCAUAGUUGUUAUCCGCUAUAAUCUGCUACAGUAUCUACUAACUUCAGAAUUGUACACCGCAUAUAGUACCUUAAUUCUCUUCCGACAUGAUUAAUUCUCAAAUAAAUUCUUGGUUAUGGAUUUAAAGAUUUUUUUUGGUAAUAACUUGUACUAAUUAUUUCUUAAUGUAACACAAAUGUUCCUUUGAUACCAGUUCACAUUUAUCAAGCAAAUUGAAUUAAAAUCAUCUGCUUUGCUAGUAAACAGUCAAA